CUGCUGCUGUCCCUUGCCUAGCUAGCUACCUACUGGUGCAUUUGCACCGAGCUCUCGGCUCAUCUAUCGCCGCUGAUGCUGUCGUCACAGCCUGUUUGGACAGCGAACGGUUCGCGUCACCGUUGUUAAUCACUGCCAACUCGUGCUAGCGGUGUCGGGAUCUCUGUGUCGUGCCACUUCUUAGCGCUAAAUCUGAUACUUCGUAGUUUUCACUCUUCUCUUCGAUCUUUCUCCGUGUUACGGUUUGGCCGUUGUACGAUGAGUCUGAAGACGUGUUCAGUUUGGUAUAAUACCGUACGACGACGUAUGUGACUUAUGCAGCCAUUAUUACUGUGACACACGCGCCGUGACGUGCCCGUUCUUUUAGUGCAUGAACAGCACGUAAGUGUUCCGUGUAACUAUGAUCACCACAUUAUUAGACUAUCAGCGUCGUCGAAGGACUACUAUAACGAUGCGUACGGCAACCGUUGGAUCGAUUCAGGGAAAUUUUUGGCCCCAUACAAUGACUUCUUGUGAUACACUAACUAAUUGCAGUGUACUGCUUAUACUUACUACAGCCUUCCGCUGCCUAGCUGCCCAGCAAACAGAGGCCUAUACGGAUUUUAGCCGACCUCACGCCUUUCCGACAAAUAUAGUCGACAACAAAACUCAAGCUGCCUUACAAGCUGGGUUUGUGCCCAGUCGGUUUAUUCCGCAGGGAGUAUGCGACUACUGCCUCGAGGAGGGAAGCGGUAAUCUGACAUCAAAUAACUAUCCGCUUAAGUAUCCUGCCAAUCAUGACUGCAUAUUCAGGAUAAAAAAAGCACACAAGAAUGUCUGCGCGGUUCGACUUACAUUCCAUGAUUUCGAUGUCGAACAUUCUGCACAAUGUCGUAAAGACAAGCUGAUCGUCGACGGCGUCAACUAUUGCGGCGAUGCCUGGAAAGGCAAUACUAAAAUAGUUCAGUUUUGGAAACGUGAUGAGGUCCGACUUAAUUUUGUCACAGACAACAGCGGCGCUGGUCGAGGUUUCUGGAUUGAGGCUGAACCAGUGUCGUGCGUCGAUGGUCGCGCCACCGGCGGAAGAGCUUUUCAACCGCACGAGUGUGAAGAGGUCUUCCGAAACAAGGAGUUCACUAUACAGACGGACGAUGACUGCACAUACUAUAUUCGUAAAGCCCCUCACAGCGGGGCCUGUGGCAUACAGUUUAGAGUGGCAAAUAUUGGCAUGAACUGCGACCACGACUAUCUGAGUAUCGAUGGCGGCCGCGACAAACUGUGUUACUCAAAGACGGUACCUUUUGAUGGUGACUUGAUGGUGCUAUCUACGAAGGGGCAUCCGGGUCGAGGCAAAAUUCGCGUGCGGCAAACCAACGAUUGCCCGCUCGCCCCACCGCCCCUAUGCGAUAUCUGCACUGAAAGAAUCUCUGACGAUCUCACCUCGUAUGGCUAUGCUGUCAGUCAGUAUUAUCGAAACAACCUGCUGUGUAAAGUGACGAUCUCGAGGCCGUCAAACAUGUUUUGUUCUGUUAAGAUGUUCUUCAAGGACUUUGAUGUUGAAGAAAGUUUAAAGUGUGACAAGGACUUUCUACUUAUUGGAGAUCAGCGCCAUUGUGGAAACGAGCUUUAUGGACAAUCACGUGUUCUCGAGUAUAACAACGAGGGCAAUGUCGAAUUAGUGUUCCGUUCAGACGGGCAAAAUUCUGGCAGGGGGUUUCAUCUACGCUUCCAGCAGCUGGCGUGCACAUCGCUCUCAAAUCAACCGACGCCCAAAGUGCACCGGUGCACCCAGACAUUUAUGUCAAGGGAAUUUACCAUACAGUCACCAGGAUUCCCUCAAAGCCACCCUGACAACUCCGAGUGCAAAUAUACGGUGAUUCGGGCCGGUCCUGAUAUCUGUUAUUUGGAACUUUCAUACGAUUCGUUUAAUCUUGAAGAAUCAAUAGACUGUUCUAGAAACUACCUAGAAAUUGGCGGAGAAAAACACUGCGGAAGUUUGCCCAGUGACCACAUGCAUGUAAUACCCUUCGUCGAAGGCGGCAAGAUCAUUCGGUUCCACAGCGGCGAUAAGGGCAGCCCAAAUCAAGGGUUCUCGAUUCAAGUCCGCCAGCUCGGAUGCGGGUCUCGCCGUAUCGGGACAAGCCCAAUAGGACGAAAACUUGAUGGAUCAGCUUGCAACAACGGAACGCCCUUCAUUGCGAUCACAUUCGAAAUUGAGUCGCCCGGUUAUCCAGAGGCGUACGGAAACUCUCAAGACUGCGUAUUCACUAUCCAGAAAAACAAUCCAAACGUCUGCCGACUUCAAGUGACUUUUGCGGACUUUUCGUUACCUGCCUCUGACACCUGCCAGGGAGACCACCUCUCAGUUGACGAUUUGCGCGUGUGCGGAGCUGUCGUGCCAGGCACUAUCCGUGUUUUCGACAUGAAGGAGGACACCAAGAAGAUUGAGUUCCAUUCAGACGAUAAGACUACCGAUCGAGGCUUUCGACUGUUGAUUAAGCAGGUCGAGUGUAGCCAAUCCCGGGACGCGGCAGGCGAAAAGACAAGUACUAGGGAACCUGUGCAAUGUGACCGCGUUUAUGCAACACGCGACGCCAUCAUCACAUCUGUUGGCUAUCCUAACUCAUAUGAAAACAACCUCAACUGCGUCUACACGAUUCGAAAGGCCGCAGCUUCGGUGUGUCGACUUGAGUUAGUCUUCCAGAAGUUCGAUGUCGAGUCAUCGACCGACUGCGAAUACGAUUACCUGCAAGUUGGUGCCGAGAAGCUGUGCGGAGUAUUCACUCAAAAUACGAGUGGUAUCUACGAGUUCGAUGAGCCUGAGAAGGCUCUUAAAUUUCAUAGCGAUGCGGCCAACUCACGACCUGGGUUCCAGAUCAAAAUGCGUCAGAUCGACUGCGGUAGACAGGAAGAGGAAGGAUCAGGCGGUUUUGAGGACUUUACAGAUACCCCGGCUGUGAGCAGCGUCGUACCUCGCAGGUGCGAUAAAGUGUUUACGUCGAAGCUGUUCGACUUAAGAAGUGUCGACUAUCCCAGUGGAUACCCUGGCAAUCUUGACUGUAAAUACAUCAUCUUCCAAGCCAACAGCAAUGUCUGUCGACUUGAAUUCACAUUUAUUGACUUUGACAUGGAAGCUAAUUGUGAAGCGGACUUUCUUGAAAUUGAUGGUGAACGUCUCUGCGGAAACCUGCUUGCGGAUACUAAGAAGGUUAUCCCCUUUCGUAGCGCUCAGAAGAUAGUGCGACUGCAUACGGAUCCAGUGUCUACGCGUUCUGGAUUUCAUAUAAAAGUCAAGCAAGUUGAAUGUCCUUCUAGUGUAUCUGACAAAACCGGCAGCGGCUUUGAUUUUAAUCGGCCGUGGAAGCCUGGCUCUAACGAUGGACCAGGAAGCAACUGGACUUUUGACGGAAUCGAUUGGAAUCGACCGGAUCAUACGGAUCACCGACCUGGCCACCGAGAGGAUACCCCAGAUUUCCCCCACAUACCUGCUGACAGGGGUACCGGACAUCAUGGCGAUGGAAGCCACGUUCUAGACCACAGUUCAAGUCCUUGCAAAUACGAGUUCAGCGAGCACUCGGGAGUGUUCUACUCGCAGAACUUUCCUGGGCCGUAUCCGAAUCGAAUGAGCUGCACAUAUAAAAUAUUCGCCAAGCCAGGUCACUGCAGUGUCGAAUUGAACUUUGUACAAUUUCGACUUGACGAAAUGGGCGCAAUACAUCCAUCAGAAACAUGCGAUCACGAUUACAUGGAACUAAAUGGAAUUAAAUACUGUCACCGUCAGCUCGAAGGACAGAUUCGGGCCCUGGAAUUCGAUGGUCAUCCUCCGCACGUGGAGAUGAAGUUUUUCACAGAUGAAGAAGCGCAUGGAAAAGGUUUCCUCGGAUUCUAUAGACAAAUGGCGUGCCGAGGAGGUCCUGGUGCGGGUCCUGGAAGACCGGUAAUUCACACUGAUCUAUCACCUGAUAGCAUUCGGUCUCAUCAGGCGGACAGCGGUGGCCACCAUGGCGAAAAGCGUCAACCAUCUUGCGACAGGCUGUACGCAUUAGCAGAAUUUAGUGUUGAAUCACCAGGACACCCAGGACCGUAUUUAGGCGGACUAGAUUGUAAAUACUUUGUACGGCGCCUAUCGCCCGACAUCUGCUCGUUGGCUGUCAGUUUCCAAACCUUCAACUUAGCCGAAUCUCCAGGCUGCUUCUUCGAUUACCUCGAGAUUGACGGAGAGAAAAUAUGCGGACAUGUAGCUCCAGGGACAAUCCGCAUGGUACCGUUAAAGGAUUUCCAAACUGGAUUUGUGUUCCAUUCGAAUCAGGGCGCUCCGCAAGGUAGUCGGCAGGGUUUUAUUUUAAAUGUCCGUCAGGUUCCGUGUGGAGGUAAUCCUCAACUUGGCGGAGGUGGGUUGUAUCCUCAGCAUCCUUAUGGAGGUAGCUUUCCGCACGAUCCACCCACUCUGACAAGAACUGAUGUGGGACCCCCAUUACCACCUCUGGAUAGAGGCAGUACAUCCUACCCACCACCUCACGAAGUGCAUCAUGGAUCAGGAGGUUACGCCGGUUCCGGCGGGUACGGAGGAGCUUUGGGUAGCUAUGGACGAUACGGGCCGAUGCGACCGCUAAGCGGGCCUACUGACUUCUAUGGCCCAUCGUAUAGCCCUGGCAGGUAUCAUCCGGGGGCUGGAAUGCCUACGCGGCCCGGUUCCUACCCUCAAGGGGGUGGCGUAGGCCAACACGGUUCAACUGGACACGGCCCUCACGGGCCUCAUGGGACAGGCCCUACUCCACCCGGAAAAGGACAGUGCGACCAAAUGGUGCAUGAGCCAUACUUCGAGAUUAAGUCGAACGAGUUUGUAGGCAAUCACAUUGACUGUAGAUUCACGAUAUACCAACAAAAUCGCAACAGCGAUAUGUGCCUCGAGGUCCUCUUCCUGCGCUUUGAAAUAAAUUGCGAAUUUGAUCAAAUGAGGAUCGAUGAUCACCAGUUAUGUGGAACUAUACCCCCGAACACCGUCAAACAGUACAAAUUUCAUGACUUUAUGAGACCCCUUUAUCUCUAUUUCCAUUCAUCGGCUGGUGCUAAAGCAAGUGACUAUAUCAUUCGCGGACGUCAAAGUACAUGUGACGAAAACUCGACCGGAUUUCAACAGCCGGGCGGAACUCCUACACGUCAUGCGGAGGAUCGCACAGACCCAUACUAUCCACAGCGACCUAAUUAUCCCGGACGACCGUACGAUCGUCCUGCACAGCAUCCUUAUGAUCGACCCGAGGAUAGGCCGUACAACCGACCUCAAAACCGCCCUUACGACCGCCCGUAUGGCAGGCCAUAUGACCGUCCCGGAGAUCGCCCCUCCGGUGAUCACCCAUAUGAUCGACCACAGGAUCGACCAUACAAUAGGCCUCUUGAUGCACCUAGCCAGCGGCAUCCCAACUGCGAUGCCACCUUCUCGGGUCUAGAGUUCAAGAUCACGUCACCCGGGUUUCCGAAUCCUUAUUCAGGUGGUGACUGUAAGUAUACAAUUCGGCGAUACGACAAGGCGACGUGUGCAAUUGAGCUGUAUUAUGAUCUCAUGGACCUAGAGCAAACGGGCAGUUGUAAUUCUGCAUAUCUGGAAAUCGAUGGGAAGCGUUUCUGUAAUAUGCCCGUGAACCAAAUCCAGAAAAUCAAUUUUAACGAACCUCAAAAUGAGAAGGUUCUCACCUUUCAUGCGGAUCGCAACGCCCUUUCGAAUCGUGGCUUCUCGUUAAGGGUGCGCCAGGUGACCGACUGCGCCGUCCAGGAUCGGCCGUUCGGAAAGGAGACUCCACUGCCCCCCAGUCCAUUGUGCGAUUAUUGCCAACGUGAGACGCAUGGCCAGUUUGCGUCACCCAACUAUCCGAGUUCAUACGGAGCUAAUGCGCGUUGUUCGUACCGAAUAGAACCAGUGGAUGGGUAUUGCCAUGUAGAAAUAUAUUGGCACGAUUUCGAUUUAGAAAGCUCGCCUGCUUGUCACAAAGAUAUGGUUGCACUUGAUGGAUCGUACUAUUGCGCCAAUGACUUGAAGAAAAAAUCAAGUAUUUUCGAUUUUCCAUCGGUCCGUCAUUCCGAGAUUAAAAUCAUGCUACAAUCAGAUGCCUAUGUAGAAGGCCGUGGCUUCCACCUGGAAUAUCGUCAGCUGAGGUGUAAAAAUUCGACCAACAUGGUGCCAGAGGCGUUGACCCUCCGUAAAGGCUUGCAGGAACAGACCGUCAAAACGGCUCUCUUCAUCAGUGGCAAGAAUGGAAAGACUGACAGUACCUCGAGCAGUAAUAAUGCUACGACCAUGGUAAAUGCCAACGCGACAGAACUAUCGGCAAAGCAUGGACGAAAGGCCGGAUCCUUUGAGCGUGAAGGACGUAACCUAAAUAGUACAAAAUCUCUGAAGACCCAGACGGCACCGUCCUCGUCUACUAUUGAGACGGAAGAGCACAGUUAUGCCCCAGCGUGGACUAAGUUUGCCAAACCAACACCCAUUUGGAGGUGAACAGUGAACAGAAACAGCUGCAGGUCGGAGCGAAAUGAUGGGCCAUUGAUCAUAAGUUACCAUAUAAAUGACAACGAUAGCAAUAUUUUGUAUUAUACAAGAAAAAAAUAAUUCAAUUUCAUAUAGUACGGAUAGUACUGCUAAUGUUAAUUUAUGAAGUACCUUAGUUGAUAAGCUGUAGAAAAUGAUGGAGGCCAAGGAGGUAACCGUGUUUUCAAAGCAUGCUGUGCACUACCAUGUACCGUAUCAUCAGCAUCUUCGAAGUGCAGUGAUAUUUAUUAAAAGGUAUCAGUGCACACUGUCAUUGCUGUAAGUUAAUUGAUGCUAUGAAAAUAAAACGCUGGUGUCUCGAAAAGUAAAGGAAUAGAUAUUUUGUGUUCACUUCACUCCCUAUCUUCUGUCAAAACAUCCAGACCGAAUCUA